UUUCUCUCUUCUUCAUCCAUCAGCCACAGCCAUCCAUCCAUCCACGACAUCAACAUCACCACUUUCACCAAACUCACCUUUCUUCAAAACCAACCCCACCACACAAAUCCAUCAAAAUGACUGGAGGAAAGUCCGGAGGCAAGGCCAGCGGUGCCAAAUCGACUGCGCAAUCCCGUUCAUCCAAGGCCGGUCUCGCAUUCCCAGUCGGUCGUGUCCACCGUCUUCUUCGCAAGGGCAACUACGCUCAGCGUGUCGGUGCUGGUGCUCCCGUCUACCUCGCCGCCGUCCUCGAGUACCUGGCAGCUGAGAUCCUCGAGUUGGCCGGCAACGCCGCUCGUGACAACAAGAAGACCCGCAUCAUCCCCCGUCAUCUCCAACUCGCCAUCCGCAACGACGAGGAGUUGAACAAGCUUCUCGGACACGUCACCAUCGCCCAGGGUGGUGUGCUCCCCAACAUUCACCAGAACCUUCUGCCAAAGAAGACCACCGGCACCAAGGGCGGCAAGGGCCCAUCUCAGGAGCUGUAGAUGCUCUCAUCUCUGUUUCCUAAAGAAUCGACAAACACAAUGGGUACUGGCGCACAUGGGGUUGUUUCGCGAAUGAUAAUGGACAUCAAUCGCAUCAAGGCGGGAACACAAUGGGUGUUCGUGGAUUUUUCAAGACUUGCUUUUUUAACUACUACGUUGCAUGGACUUCUGAGCAUCUCCAGAAGGCUGUACAUUACAGCAGCGGCGAUGGCGACGAGAGAUGGGGGAGAGGCGAGUCGGGCUUUAUGAUGAUACCAAGGCUUGACAAUUGAGCAAUUCUGAUCAGAAAUCAUUCUCACA